UGUCGCGAAAAUCAAUACCGCAGUUAAGGCUUGGAGGUGCAGUGUGUGGCCGCGGGUCGAGCGAGACGCGGCUCCUUAACUCAGCGGCCUGUGGGAUGGGCAGCGCUGAGGCCCCCGAGUGAUAAGUGGACAGUGCCAGCCAGUGCCCCGGGCUGACGUGCAGUGACAGUGUCCUUAACGCCCCGCCGCGCCCCAACACCUCCUCCCACACACACACUUCCGGCAUGAAGCACCAAUGGGGAGGUAUGAUGACGUAAUCAGCAUGGGUGACAUCACGAAUACCGCCACCACCACCACCACCAUCACCACCACCAUCACCACCAACACCACCACCCAGUCCGCCUUCAAACCCGCCCCUUCAGCGCUCACACCCGCCCACGCUAAUGCCGGAUGAGGGCGGUGGGCGGCAGUGAGGGUGGUGCUGCUGCUGCUGCUGGUGAGGGUGUGGGCGGGGCGUGCCGGAGCGCGGGCGUGUGGGGGCCGUGGCAGCACCAUGAGUCCGGAGGAAAGCCGCAAGGAGAGGGAGGCUCGCUCGCUGGCCCUCGAGCGCGCCUACGUCCACGAUGUGUAUGACCAGAUCUCGGUGCAUUUCUCAAGCGGCAGGCACAGAGUGUGGCCCCGCGUCAGGCAGUUCCUCCUUGACCUGGAGCCGGGGUCCUUCGUGGCCGAUGUGGGAUGUGGCAAUGGGAAGUACCUACACGUUAACCAGAAGGUGAUGAAGCUUGGUGUGGAUCGCUGCCUCAACCUAACCAACACAGCCAGAGAGAGAGACCAUGAGGUGAUGGUAAGUGAUAACCUGGCCCUGCCCUUCCGUGAUGAGGCCUUCGACGCCGCUCUCAGCAUCGCCGUCAUCCACCACUUUGCCACAACGGAGAGGCGGGUGCGGGCCCUCAGGGAGUUAGCGCGCAUACUACGGAUUGGCGGGCGUCUUAUGAUUAGUGUGUGGGCGAUGGAGCAGCGGCACAGAAAGUUCGAGUCUCAGGACGUGCUGGUACCGUGGCACCGACCCGAGCACUCCUCCAGCGACGACAAGACGUCAAGCAUCGAGCGAGACCUCAAUUCCACCACCACUGACGAUGACGACGUGUUGCACUACCACGCCCACAACCACAGUGACAGUGACUCCUGUCCCUCCAACAGGCACGGGGGUCGCAAAAAUGGCCGCAGACGCACUCGGUCACGUGCCAUAGACCCGAUCGGAGCCGCCUCCUCCUCUCAGAGUUCGUCAGACCUCAGUAGCCCCAACGAGAGCUGCUACAGCUUCGUUCGGCGGGCACUACAGGUAGCCUCCGACAAUAGCAAGCAGAAGCUGACCAGUAGUCGUCGAGGCUCAUCGUCUUCUGGCAAAUCGUGGUUUCUGCAUGGCGGCAGUCUCUCGGCCUUCAAAUCAGACAUGGAAGUGGGCGGGACGUGUGAACCACGGCCUUCGCUCAGCGGCGGCGGCCAGCGGGGCUCUGUCAGCAACGAUGGGUCCCUGGACUCUCAGGAGAACUUGGACGACGUGCCCAUCGAGUUGCGUCACUUGGAACCCGACGAUCCCGCCCUGCUGGACAUUCCCCUGUCCCCCCUCCCGCUGUUGCCGACUUCCGCCGGCGCUACUACCACAGGUGGAGACCCAGAAGGCAAGGCUAAAUCAAAGAGCUUGACUGAUUUAGUACAGGCAUCGCCACGGUCCCUCAGCAGUCUGGUCGGGACACACGGGAGCUCACUCUUCCCGAAGGAGAAGUCGGUGAGCCGCGAAGGUCUGGCGUCGGGCGCGUCAAGUGAGACGUCCAGCAGCGUCCUACGUUCCAAGUCGAGCUCGUCGUGUUUGUCGCUGUCAAGUCGCGAGCUGACGGUAGAGGUUGAGCGUGGUGGUGCCCUGAGGAAGGUGCCCAGCGGCGGAGUGAGUGUUGAUGAAGCGGACAAAAAGAAGGAAAAUGUCACUGACAAUGAUAAGGUAACAGCCGCAACAAAGAAAAGAGAACAAACAGAAAGAGAGGAAAGAACCGAUUCAGAGAAAGGAGAGUUAUUAAAAAGUGUUAGUGCAGGAAGUGGAGAUGGAGCAGAGAGUAGUAGAGACGUUACAGAGGGCGGUGCAGGCAGCCCUCCACCUACAGGCAGGAAAAGACCUGCCCUCAAGAAACAAAAGGCCUCUAUUAACGAAAGUGACGCGAGUGACGUGGAAACUCCCAUUGUUAUUGAAAUAAGUCAGGCGCCGAAAUCGAAUCAAGCGGAGGCGACGCCGGAACAGGAUGAGGACCACCUCAGCAUCCCCAAGGGAGCCUGCAUCGUCAAGCAGAGCUCCCUCAACGACGAGUUCAUCUGCAUCGACAGGCUUUUGGAGAAAGAAAAGCUGAAGCAGAGCAUUCAGAAACAAAGUUCCCUCAACGAAGAUCUCAUCUACGGCAACAGAGCAGAGAGACGGGAAAGUCUCCGCGAGUCACUCUUCACCACUCAGUUUCGGCGGCUGCAAAACAUCCGUGAUAGCUUCCAGCGACUCCGCACGGCGAGUCUCGACCGCUUCGAAAGGGAAAAGUCAGACUCCUCCCUUAAGAAGGGCAUCGUAAAGCUCCUUCAGUCAUGGAAAAGCGAAAUCCUGGUGCCUAAGGAGACUAAAUCCCAUGAGGGAACGGAGGAUGAGGCUGGAGACGCGGAGGCCCGCUGCUCGGACGCCGGUCUGACGGAUGAUCAGAAACACACGGAAUCCCAACGCAAGGGUCAGGGGAUUUACCAGCUGGGAAGAUCCUGUGAGGGCGGGGAAGCUCUGAGGACGUGUGUGGUAGAGAAAAAGUUACUGAGUAGAGAGCCGAGUGAGCGAAAACCUUCCCGAGAGGAAAGCUCCGACAGUUCAAAAGAAAACAGCUUCCAGAGUGACACGAGCCUAGACUCCGAGGACAGCUGUGUGUCUGUGAUAUUCGUGCCCAAGCCGGGCCAGGCCGGGACAACUGAUGCUGACAAGGAGAGGCACCGUUCCGUUUCCUCGGAGUCUUCAGAAGGCUCUGACAAACAACACUCCCCGAAAUCCCCAAGGUCCCCAAAGUCUCCCAAGUCCCCAGGUCCGAGUGGGGGUCGGUACUUUACGCCCAAUCGCUUCCUUGGAGCCAAGGGCGGGGUGAAGACAGGCCCCAAGAUGGGGACACAAGUGCUGGCCGGAGCCAGCCGACCUGAGCCACAGCGUCGUGUCAGUCCGCCUUCAGACUCCCUCCCGGAGACCACUGCCAGCCCCGCAACCGCCCCGGGGCCAACCGCCACACCCAUCCCUGAGAAAAUAAAGACUGAGGCGGCACCAACAGUGGUGCGUGAAGCGCCUGCCAUCAAGACUGUGGCCAGCCAGGCGCCGCGGCCUGUCCUGGGCCGUGCAGGCAGCGGGCUGGCACGAGUGAUGAGUCACUGCGGCUCGACGCCUCCGGCCACGCCGCCUCCCAAUGUCACCAUGAGCUCCUACUUUUCGUCCCACACCCCGCUGCCUCCAAAGACGGUAAUGAGCACCGAGCCUUCAGCACCACCACCCCCACAACCAUCACCGUCUUCAUUGAGACAGCACGAGUCCCACACAGUCCCCAAGGUGCCGCCCCCCAUCACUGCCGCUCCUCCCUCCCAAUCACUCCACUCUGCCUCUUCCUCCUCGCCUGCCCCGAGCACUGGGGGUGGCAAGCAACACAUCCUCAAGUACGAACCGCAGGUUGUGAAGCGGGACACCAGCUUCACGCAGCAGCUAUCCUCGCUCUUGCUGGGGGAGAACAUCGAGAUCAUCCGCAAGACAGGCAGCAGCGGGAGCAGGAACGUGCAGAUCGUACGCAAGACAGUGCCUCGCUACCUCACCUUCGACGUGUUCAACCCUGAGACGGACGACCUGGACAGCGACUCCUCUGCCUCCUCCUCCCCGAACUCCGGCUCCUCUGUCAUCGAGCGCGGGUGGCCAACUGAAAAGGACAUCGAGGAGCUGGACAAGGAGAUCAAGCGGCGGGAGGAGGAGGAGCGGCGGCGAGCGGUGCCUUCUCCAGGAGCGGCUGCAGCGGCAGAGAGGAACGCCCCACCGCCAGCAGAGAUACCCAAGUUGUCACUGGUUGAGGACGUGCACCGUAUGGACACUAUCAGUGAGGACGCCCGUGAACACUCAGGGUCGGAAGUGUACCGGGGCCUCGCGGAUAGGCGCCGCAAUGCAGCCCAGUCAGCAGCCUUCUCUAGGUCCUCCUCCGUCACCCGUGCCUUCGUUGACCAGACGCUCGGGACGUCGCGGCGGGAGGCGGAGGGUGGAAAGCAGCGGCCAGUCAGCAUGAGCUCGGCACCCUCCUCCUUCCUCAGCACAUCCUCAGCGGGCGCGAUAGGGGACGGCGCGCCAGAAGCCAGCCUGAAGAGAAGCCCCAAAGCUCGGCGGAAGCUAACCAUCGCCCACCUGGACCAGCCACUGUCCCUCCAGCCCUCUAUGGAUCACAAGCCUGAGUCCAGAAGGCACAGCCGGAGUCCAGAGCCGCUACUGGAUCGACAGAGUCUGAGGAGUCGCGUGCCCGAGCGUCACCACCAGCAAGCCAAGGCGUUAUCGCCAAUGGGCUCCGACCCGCUCUCUCGCAGCGGGGACAUGAAGCCCUGGGCAGAGGUGGCUAUCAAGCCCCUCACCGAGACCGUUAACCUGCCGCCUCCUUCCUCCUGGAGAGGGCGCUAUUCCCCCGACGGUAUCUUCAAAGGUCUGUCUGAGUUUGAGAAGAAAAAGUCUCAGGAAGCAAGGAAGAGUGGCCUGGAGCUCCCCUUUGGCGCGCCUUGUCGAGGAGCACUUUCUCCUAGCAGCAGCGUGUCCUCCACCUCCCCUUCCGUUCCUAAGGAGCUCGGAAAGGAGGAUGCCGCCUCCAGGAGUCCGCUGCUCAGCUCACCCACGCCCUCCACCAGCAGCGGAGAGUCCCGCUCGGGCUCGCACGUGGCCAUGUCGCUGUUCCGCGAGGGACCCUUCUCCCUUGAUUUGUUCAAAAUGAGUCGUAGUGAGAGCAGCCUCCCGCUGCUGAGCCCAGAGGACCAUCGCCCUA